UACUGUAAACAUCAUAUAAACAUCACAUGCCAUUGAAUGUUGGCCUGUUGGAUGCCUUUCUUUUUAGUGAUUCUAUCUCUUCUUCUUCUUUUUCACGUAGCUCUAAGGUUCUCUAAAUAUCGACUUCUAGCAUAUCUCCCAACUCUUCUUCCAAGCAUCUGAAUCUUGCCCGAAAGCUGGAUUACCAAUAAUGCAUGCAAAGUAAGGAAGAAUAAGUUCGAUAGUUUCCCUAUAGUCUAUUCUUUCUGGCAUUGGUGAACAAUAGAUGAGCCAUUAGAAGACAACUACUGAAAGAGAAAUGUUUACGAAGGAAUCUAUUUUCAUGGGAGCUAUGCUUUGUGAGGUUCACUGCCCAUUCAUUUGCUUCUGCAAAUCUUCUGCAGCCCAUCUUUACAGUUCAGGGCCGUUGAGGUUGGAAAACACACCACACGACGUUGUUCGCUCCACAGAGCAAACUCAUGCUGUUCGCGAUGUUUCUGCAACAGCAGAAACUUGUGGAGACAAACAAGGGUGUGGUGGGAAUGGAAAGAAGGAUGCAGGAAACAUCCUCAAAAGUUGUAUCAGACGAGCCCCGUCUCGCUCUGAUGUGCGUAAGAAAAGAGUUCAAUGGAUGGAUAGAGUCGGGAAACAGCUGGCAGAGACAAAGGAGUUCGAGCCCAGUGAAACAGGGGACACCGAUGGCGAAGAGGAAAGUAGCAGUCACUGUAUCUGUGUCAUUCUUUGAUACUGACAGAGAUUCGAUUCGGCUCAAAGAAGGCAGCAUUUUCAACUAAACCAUCACCAAAGGUAAAUCUUCUAAGAACUAUAUAAUUAUCUUAUGUUUUCAGAGAUCACAAAAAUUGUUAGAGCAUAGAAUGUAUAAGUUCAAGUAAUAUCUAUAGCUUUACGAUUCUUAGUUUCAUCUCUAAAGAAUAAAUGCAGUCGCAGUCGAUAAAAGUUGCAUCUUUGGCUGCAACUCUUACCUCCUACUAUUUUCAAAUUCAGCUUAACAUAUUUCAAGCUAAGUUGAAACUCCUGAACUUUUCCGAGCAGGGAAGCUUAGGCCACAGGUCAAGUUCUCCAUGGUUAUAUAUCAACGAUACUCAAGCAUAACCUUCUCUAUAGAAUCGCAAGUUCAAAGUCGCAGAAGCAAGCCCAAGAUUUUCUUGCAGUAGCAAUUUUAUUAUGCUUCCAAGAUUUUUAUGCUAUAAUUGAUGUUUUGUUUGUAUAUCACUUAUCAAUUUUUUAAGUAACAUUUAAUUGAAAAACAAUUGAAACUGCCUCUGAAUGUAAAAGAAGAGUACGAAAAGAUGCAUACUUACAA